AUGAAGUACGAUGUGUUCAUAAGUUUUAGAGGCAAAGAUGUUCGCAAGAACUUCGUGGGAUUUUUGCACCAAGAAUUGGAGCGUUUGGGGCUAAAAGCUCUCGUAGACGAGAAAGAGUUCAAAAUCGGAGAAGAUCUAUUCGAUUUGUUCAAAAUAAUAGAAGAAUCGAAGUUCGUGAUUGUGAUUCUUUCGAAUAAUUAUGCUUCUUCCAAAUGGUGUUUGAGAGAGCUUACCAAAAUCAUGGAGUCUAUGGAAAUGGCUCAAGCUCGUGCUCUUCCUGUGUUCUACCAGGUACAGCCUUCUGAAAUUAGAAACCUUUCCAACCCUUUUCUUAAGAAGAAGUUUGUUAAGUUUAAAAGCUUUAUGAAAGGAGUUGAUGAUCAAAAAAUGCGAAGGAAAUUGGAAGAGAUUAAACGUUGGAAGAAGGCCAUGAAGAAGAUUACCACUCGCACCGGUGUUGUCAUCACCAAAUCCAGGUGUGAUCAUGGUUGGUAUUUAUUUGAAAAAUGGGCAUUUGGAAGUGAAUUACCAAUUAUUCGUGAUGUAAUUCGAGAAGAACUUGUUAAAAAAUUUGGUGGCAUACCCUUGGCUGUAAAAGUGUAA